AUGUCUCCAGACCUGCCGAACCACAUCCUCAUCGUCGGCGGCGGCGUCUUUGGCUUAUCAACGGCUCUCGCCCUCAGCCGCCGUCACAAGGGCUCUAUCACCCUGCUCGAGGCUGCUCCGGCCAUCCCCAACCCCCACGGCUCCUCCGUCGACUCCUCGCGCAUCCUCCGCGCAGACUACGCAAACCCAGCAUACGCCCGCCUCGCCCAGCAGGCCCUCACCCAGUGGCGCUCUACUCCCUGGGGCCACGAUGGCAGAUACAACCGCAACGGCCUCGUCUUGGUCGCGUCGUCUUCGUCUUCGGGCGACCAUACCUACGUGCGCAAGAGCUACGAAAACAUCAAAUGCCUGAGCCCAGACGCCGUCGAGCUGCUGCCCACCGCCUCAGACGUCCGUCGCGUCGUGCCUGGCUACGGAGUCGCCGCUCACGUUAGCGGAGGCUACGUCAACUGGGACUCCGCCUGGAGUGACGCCGAGUCGGCUAUCCGGCAUGCAAAACACCUGCUCGACGAGACCGGCAGAGUCACCUUUCUCUCAGGCCAGGCCGAACGCCUGAUCAUCGACCACAGCAACAACAACCAAAACCAAGUAACCGGCGUUGAACUAUCAGAUGGCAACCGAAUAUCUGCAGAUCUGGUAGUGCUAGCUACCGGUGCAUGGACCGGGAAGCUAGUCGAUCUGCGCGGCAGGGCAGAAGCCACCGGACACCCCCUCGCCUACCUCCCUCUCACAGACGAGGAGCAGCGCCAGCUCAACGACAUGCCCACCGUCCUCAACCUGUCCACGGGCAUGUUCAUCAUCCCCCCGCGCAACAACGAGCUGAAGAUCGGACGGCAUGGCUACGGGUAUCGCAAUCCAGUGCGAAUCAACCACCCCACUGCCUCUUCUGCUCCCGUAGAAGUAAGCCUGCCUCUGCAUGGGACAUCCGUUCCUCUCGAGGGCCAACUAGCUGCCCGCGCCGCGUUAAGGGAGAUGCUGCCUGCCCUGGCUGAUAGGCCCUUCUCCAAGACGCGCGUAUGCUGGUACACAGACACGCCCAAGGGAGACUUUAUCAUCUCCUACCACCCGGAAAUUAAGUCCCUUUUCAUCGCAACAGGGGGCAGCGGCCAUGGAUACAAAUUCCUCCCUGUCCUCGGCGACAAGAUCGUGGACGCCAUGCAGGGCAUCCUAGACUCCGACCUUGCUCGCCUGUGGGCUUGGACGGACAAUCCGGUGACCACUCCUGCCGGUGGUCUCGGGGUGGUGUGGACUGAAGACGGCAGCCGGUCCGGCGCCAGGGGCAUGCUGUUGGUCGAUGAACUGGAGAAGAGCACCAACACCAGCCCCAGCAACUGCCCCAGCAACUGCCCCAGCAACAGUACCAACGAUAAUAGUGGUGACGCGAAGGUGAUAAGCAAGUUGUAGCCUGCAUAAGCUUGUUAUCUGCAUGCAGGCUGGCUCCAGAUUGGGACUGCUGUCCGACUUCGCUGUGUCUUGUGCUUCCUUGCUGCGUGAUACGAACGAUCUGCAGGAACCGUUAAUUCAUCCCAACGACUUUAUUUCCUCCAACUAACUGACUUAACUAAUAUUUACUUAUUCUACAUUCCUUUUACUUUACAGCUUCAGCUGAGUUGUCGGAGCUACCUAUC